AUGACAGCCAAUGCACAAUACCUAGUAUGUCAAUCAGACAAGGAACUUCAAGCAAGGAGUGGCUUCGGAUCCAAGGAGUUCGUUCUAAUCGGCGGGAAUAUGGCGGAGGAAUUCCCGGGAGGAUAUUUUGGGGGUGUCUCUUUCGAGAGAAUCGCUAUUAUGAAUUACGAAGUGGAUACCAUACAUCUCUCCGCCCUAAUUUCAUCGCAAGACACACUGGAGGAGCUGGAAAUCAUGUUUAGCCAUCUGAAGGAGUUUCCUUGGGAUACCCUGCCUCUAUUAACCAAACUCACGUCCCUCAAACUAUAUGGAAACGAAUUGAAAAAUAUACGCAUCCGAAGCGACAGUCUUCGGGAGCUAGAUAUUUCAAGUAAUCAAAUUGCAGCACUGAAAUCUGGAUGGUCUGCACCAAACUUGACCUCUCUCCGAAUGGAUAUGAAUCCAAUCUCUGAGAUUCCCCACGGGUUCUUGGAUGGCUUGGGGAACUUGCAGGAAUUCCAUUGUUUUGAAUGUCACCUGGGGCCGACUCUGUUCAAGGGUUCUAUGGGAUUCCACAGUGAAAUCGUGACAUACAUUGAACUUGGCCGUAACGACAUCUCAAACAUCGAAGAAGGCGCUAUUACAGGUGUCACACCUGACACGUUUGUUGGUCUUGAUCUGAACAAAAUCACAGACUUGACGGAAGCUACCUUCCGCCCGAUCCUGGAGGUUCUUCGACGUGGAUUUGGAUCGCUUUCAGUUACGGGUAACCCCAUCAUAUGCGGAUGUAGAAUUGAUUGGCUCGUGCGUAAUCCAUUUUUACAGACAAGUAUUUUCGGCUCCUGCCAGGAUGGCAGUUUCUUUCGAGCCUUGGAUCCCCAUAUUUUCGAACAGUUCUGCAUCGAAAGA